AUGAUCCAAGACGAUACUCCAAUCAAAGCUAUCUCCCAAAUAUUUGAUUGGAGAACUAAAGGCGCAGUAACCCCAGUCGAAAAUCAAGGACAAUGCAGCGGAUCAGGCUGGGCUUUCUCUGCUACUGGUGCAGUUGAAGGAACUUGGUUUUUAGCAGGACACACCCUUGUAUCCCUCUCAGAACAAGAAUUAGUUGACUGCUCAACUUCUUAUGGCAAUAGUGGCUGCAAUGGUGGCCUAGUCACGAAUGUUUUCAAAUUUGCCAUGAAAUAUGGACUUACCACUGAGGCUAUCUAUCCUUACUCAGCAAAAAGCGGACAAUGUCAAACUUCUCUUGAAUCCCAAGCCACUGCCACAAUUUCAAGCUAUUCAAUUGUCCCUGCUAAUAAUCCAAAGGCUCUUAUGCAGGCAGUGCUUACCAAACCCGUUUCAGUAGCUGUGCAAGCUGAUCAGACCUUAUGGCAGCAUUACACUGGAGGAAUCGUUACAAGUGACUGCGGUACCAAUCUUGACCAUGCUGUACUUAUUGUAGGAUUUGACACUACUAGUCAUCCAGGAAACUGAAUUGUGAAGAACUCUUGGGGAACUGGAUGGGGAGAUCAAGGCUAUAUCUAUAUCGCUAUAUCUGACGGGAAAGGAGUUUGUGGUAUCAAUAUGACUCCAUCAUAUCCUAUUGCUUAA